AUGAAAACCGACCUGGAGCUUGCCUUGGAGUGCGCCGUCAACGUCUACCACCAUUAUGCCAUCAAGAACCCCUUAGAUGACUACCUGAGCAAGACUGAGUUCUCGCAGCUGCUGAAGGAGACCGCCAAGCCCUUCCUCCAAAACACUGUGCCGCCUAACACGACCAUCGAUGACUACAUAAGCAAGCUCUUCAACAAAGCAGAUCGCAACCGUGACGGUCGCCUGAAGUUCACCGAGUUCCUGACCACGCUGAAUCUUGUAGCCAUUGAUGCCCACAAUAGGUCCCACCAGGGUCACAAGGGCCAUCCAGAUGGCGGUCAUGGCCAUGACCAUGACCAUGACCACGAUCAUGACCAUGGCCAUGGUCCCAGCAAGUGA